AUGUUGCGGUUCGCCUGCUCACAGCUCGUCGUCGACCGCGUGGACCCGCUGGUGAACCCGGGGAUGGUCUUCACCCCUCACCUGCACCAGAUUGUGGGCGGUAACGCGUUCAACGUGACCAUGGACCCCAACAACGACCCGGCCACGCAGUCCUCCUGCACCAGCUGCAGCUUCGUCCAGGACAAGAGCAACUACUGGACGUCGGUUAUGUUCUUCAAGGCGAAGAACGGGAGCUACCACCGUGUGCCUCAGACCGGCAAUGGCGGACCUCAGGGCAAGCUGAUCAACAACGGUGGCUUGGAUGUCUAUUAUAUCCCCAGUGGAAAGACAACAGCUUUCAAGAAGGGUUUCCGUAUGCUCGCUGGCAACGCGGCCAACACAAACCCGAGCAAGGUCAGCUCAGGCAACAUCUGCCAUCGAUGCUGGACCUCGCCGAACGAGGAUCAAUUUGUCGGCGGCGCGCCGUGCUCUGGCUCCGAUACCGUCGAGAUCCCGUCGGGUUCAAACUGCCAGAUGAUCCGACAGACCAUUAUCUUCCCCGCAUGCUGGGAUGGAAAGAACCUCGACAGCCCGAACCACCAAGACCACGUGGCUUACAGCGGUAAUGGAGCUACCGGGGGCGGUUCCUGCCCGUCCACUCACCCGGUGAAGCUUCCGCAAAUCAUGUAUGAGCUCAUGUGGAACGUCACGAUGUUCCAGAAGGACCGUAGCAUCUGGCCAACGGACGGCUCCAACCCAUUCACCUACAGUAUGGGCAUCGGUGGCGCUGCCGCCCAUGGAGAUUACGUCUUCGGCUGGGAGGGCAACACUCUACAGAAGGCUAUGGACAGCGGCUGCAACCUCAACCGGGACUGCCCUGCAGCUGGCAUCACUGCCCAGUCUGCUGACAAGUACAACGCCUGCGUCAAGGCGCAGCAGGCCAAGGAGCCAGUCGAUGGAUGGCUCCCUGCUCUUCCCAUGGGUGGCAUGGUAGCCAAGUGA